AUGAUGACACCCCAUAUGAUCUGCUUGAUGGCCUGUUAUGUUCUGGUAUUUGUGGGAGCCUUGCCUGCUGGUAGAUACGUUCACGAAGGGCAGGGCUACAGAUUGACCUAUGUAUUCACCGAUUCUAGAAUCGGGCUUGAGUUCGAGGUCAAAGGCCAGGCUCCCUUCGUGGACCCGCCGAUCUACCCCCUGAAGCGCAUCGAGGAGGCUUGGGCCGAGUCUUACUUCGUCGAUUUCGAAGGCUCACCUGAGGGAGUUGAUUACUUGUACCGAGGAAUCAGGCAUCUCUUCCCGGAAGUGGAGAUUGCAUCUGCCGACCUGACAAGAGUGGUGGUUUACCCAUACGAUUCGUCGAAUUUACUUGCUAAAUUCCAAGAUCAAGUCGUUGAUUUUUUCGCCGAAUCCGCUUGA